CUUUGUGAUCACUGUCCGUACCUCGAAACUCCAUCAAUGGCUUCCUUCUCCAGAACCAUCUUCUCCCCAUUCCUUCUAAUUCUCGCCAUUUGCACUCAAACCCAUCUCUCCAUUUCAUUGACAGAUCCCAAAAUUGAAUCGAACCGUCCAUCUUUCCCCCUCAAGUCAACAGCCGAUGUCCACGAACUUCUGCCCCAAUACGGUUUCCCAAAGGGCCUCUUACCGAGCAAUGUCAAGUCCUACACUCUCUCAGACGACGGCAGCUUCGAAAUCGAACUCGAGAGCGAGUGUUAUGUGAAGUUCAGUUUGCUGGUCUAUUACGACAAGAAAAUCAAGGGGAAAUUGAGCUACGGUUCUGUGGUGGAUGCUUCUGGAAUUCAGGCGAAGAAGCUGUUCUUGUGGGUCUCUGUUACCGGGAUCAAGGCUAAUCCGGCCGAGGGAACCAUCGAUUUCUUUGUUGGAUUUUUGUCUGAGACCUUGUCGGCGCAGCAGUUCCAGAAGAUUCCUGGAUGUAAGAGGAACGAUUGCCUUGGAGAAAGAACAGAGGCCAUUUGAGUUUGGAAUAGCUUUCCAGCCUUUAUCUUAUCCUUUUCAUUUGGUGUGAGAAGAGAAGCAUGUUGCCUUUUGCAUGUGGAAUCAUGUAUCUUUGUUUAUAUGUCAUGAACCUAUAGUGUCCAUAGUAAAUCUUUUUACCAUAUGUUGUAUCUAUAUCUAUAAAAGUUCAGGUUGUUCAAUGAAAUGCUUCUGGUUGCUUUAGUA